AUGUUGAUACAGGUGGUUUGUAAACAUGCUACUCUGUCAAUGGCAGAGGGUAAGAUAUGAACCACACUAGUGGGACCUUGCACUGAUGAACAUUUCGUCGUUGACAGCCGAGUGAUUGACGUUUCCACAACCUGAGCAGAAAUCAUAAUCAGGGUCUUGUCAAGUAAGGAAUUGUGAUUGGUUAGUCGAGUGUUAAAAGUCAGGUUCGUGAGAGUUAAUUGGUUACUGACUGUAAGACUUAGUUAGCUUAUUUGAGUUGUGAUUGGUCAGUUUCGAUAAUUACGUUAAGUAGGAUAGUUCUCUUUAGUUUUGACCAAAUAAAUGAUUAAACGAGGUACAGAAGAAUAGAAAAUCCAGUUUUCAUAACAGAUGCUUUAAAUUUUUAGCAUCAUUAUUCUGAAUCACCUCUCCAAACAACUUUGUGCGCACGAGCUGGUGCUUAUCUAAUCACCUUUGGUGACGUAGAAUUCUAAAUCAUAAUAGCGUGAUAAAGAAAAUGAAACAAUGGGCAUACUGUUUUUCGUUAUAUACUUUGCAGUGUUAAUAUCACCAGGUAAGAAGAGCAAUCCCAGAAUUUUACGUAUUUCUUACCUGGUAGGUUUACUUCCACAAGCCUUUCUAGGGAAUCUAGCAUUUACCUCGUAGUUUUACUUGAAAUGCCAGCAAUAAUAAUAAACGUACUUACUUUUUCUCAAAACGAUAAAAGGUCAUUAAAUUCCCAGUACAUUAUACAGAUGAUCAUGGAUGCUAGAAGAGGCCUACUCUGAGACCUUAAGUCGCUUUAAGUCGCCUUAAGUCGCCUAAAGUCGCCUUAAGUUUCCUUAAGUUGCUACUGGUUACGCAAUGUCACAAGGGUUCCACACUUCCCAAUUGACCCUAUCCACUCCACUCCAAUCAUAGUUUUCUGCAGCUAGAAAAGUAGUUGGAGAGACUGGAAAGGAAGUAGUUUUACGAAGGACCUUAGCAUUUGGUUCUCAGCAUGGUAUUGGGGUGUUUUGUCUAACUGAGGCAGGAGACCAACAAAUUGGUUGGGUUACUGAAAAGAACCCGCGCAAUUUUGGAUGCUGUUGGAAAGGCAUGCGACUUGCCAAACUUUCAUGCCAAAAUUGACAGUGCAAGUGCCAAAAAUAUUGGAGACAAGUUUACCAUGAUAACAAUUUUUUUAAUUUGUGCAGCUUUGUGAAAUAAUUAAUACACGUAAAUAAUCAUGUUAUUUUUAAUUGAUUACGUGGAAAAUUUAUGGAUAGCUUCAUGAAAGUUAUGUCUCUUCUUAAAUUAAAAAUUUAUGUCACUCUGUGUAUAUUUAUGAUAGGUCUCUUGAUGUUGGGCAUAUAACCCAUGAUAUUUUCCUGGCCAUUUACUUACUAGCUUUGACUGUAUAAUUUUACAAUAACUGUUGUGGUAAUUCUGUGUGAACACUUUUAGCUAAAUUGGUUUCCUGGCUAUUUAUUCACUAGCUUUGACUUUAUAAUUUAACAAUAACUGUUGUGGUAAUUCUGUCAGAUUUUAUCCUUCAAUCCGCUAAUCUUUAGUAAUGAGUGGGAUUUCAAACAUGGGUAUUUCCCAAAGGUAGCUUUUCUAGAUGGUGGUGUUUCCUUACAACAACGCUGUGAAGUCUUUCUCGUUUUAUUUCAUUUUUGAUGUUUUCAUUUCCAUGUUGGUGGAGCUGUUCUUGGACUUUGCGUUAUUUUACUUUCAGGCCUCUUGCUUCGCUGCCACAUUUGUCCACCCCAUGAGCGGCAAGAUCUAUCUGCUUGUCUCGCACACUCGCCCCAGGAAUGUAAAAAUUAUGAGAACGCUUGCUUCUUUGAAUACCAUGGAAGGAUAAAGAACAUGGGCUGUGGCCGUGACUGGCAUAAACCAGCGGGAUGUCAUGGCGUAAAAUGGUGUCAUAGUGACUUGUGCAACAAGGAGCUCAUCAAGCAUUCACCUUUUCGAAAGGAACUUAAAGAAGACAGCGCUCCGGAUGACACGGGAAACUGGUUUAUUGAUCUGUUUGGCGGUAGCUCGAUGUUAUCGGCUGCUUCAAUUUGUUGUAUUCUUACAAUGUGCUUUUGUGCAGUGGUCUUCCCCUGA